AUGUUGUUAGGGCUGUUCCUCAAUGCAAGCCCGACGCAAGGCCGAACGAAACGCUUUGGAAGCCUUUCGGGAACACAGCUGGACAUGCGCAAUAGGGAGGGAAUGAUAUUGCUUUCCUGCUCGCGAGUUCACAGCAACGCCGAGGCGAUGGAGAAUUUUGGGCAGCUUCCAGCAGCUGCACGGUGGCAAGCAGAGAUCAGUUGUCGUACGACGGCUACGUUGGUCAAAGGUUUGGGAGGAACGUGCAUCAUCUCCCUGUGUACCAGACUUCACACGUCACACGGUUCGGAUAGUCGUUCGGAGGACCGGGCACCGUGCAAGUGUUGUGGUGGUGGUUGUGCUGAGCGAACGAGUGUUUGUGCAGUGGCGUGA